GCUUCGCCCCCAUUCUGACAACUUCGGGUUUCACAGAACUCGAUGGUUCAAUAUAUGUGCAAUCUGUGCAAUAUAUAAUUGCACAAUUGCGUUUCGAAUAAGAAACAAUUAGUCAAAUCGGUGUAAUAAAAUCGUUGAACGAUGCUCGCGUCCCUGCGAAAGGCUUGCAGCCUCUCGGCCCUUAAAAAUAUUAGAGGGGUGCAAACUUCGGCCAUUCAGAGAUCGGAUCACCUGUUCGUUCAUCGUGACUCAAAAGAGGACAAUCCAAAUAUUCCCUUCGAGUUCAACGAUGCCAACAAAAAGAGAAUCGAGGCGAUACUUGCCAUUUAUCCUGAAGGUCACAAACGCGGAGCUAUGAUGCCUCUGCUGGAUCUUGCUCAAAGACAACACGGCUGGCUUCCGAUAUCCGCAAUGCACAAAGUUGCAGAGAUUCUCAAUUUACCAAACAUGAGAGUUUACGAAGUUGCCACUUUUUACACUAUGUUCAAUAGACGACCCAUGGGGAAAUAUCAUGUCCAAGUUUGCACCUGUACUCCCUGUUGGCUCCGAGAUUCUGACUCCGUACUCAAAGCAGUUUGCAACGCUACUGGCACCGAAGUUGGAGCUACCUCCUCUGACAAUAUGUUUACCAUUUCUGAAGUUGAAUGCUUGGGUGCGUGUGCCAAUGCUCCGAUGAUUCAAGUCAACGACGAUUAUUACGAAGAUCUCACGGCAGAGACAACAACUGAUAUAAUAAACAAAUUGAAAAAAGGUGAAAGGCCACCUCCGGGCCCUCAAAAAGUGGAAAGAUUUGCAGCAGAGCCGGCAGGAGGACCAACAUCUCUGACUGCUCCUCCGCCUGGACCUGGCGAAGGAGUUCGCUCUGACUUGUGAACAUUUAUCAAAAGUCAUUCUUAUAGUACGCGUCUAUUCUAUUGCCAGACGAUCUCACAGUCUUGCUCUGUAUAUAUAUAAAAAGUCAAGAAUAUAGAGACAUCAAUGUUGAUUUUUCUCAUUUGGCACAGA